AUGCCCUUAUCCUCCUCCACAGCGCCGAAGAAGUUCAGCGCCGAGGUGCGCGACGAUAACCCGUACAGCCGCCUAAUGGCGCUGCAGCGGAUGGGCGUCGUGGACGACUACGAGAGCAUUCGUGACAAGGCGGUUGCCAUCAUCGGCGCUGGCGGCGUCGGCUCCGUCGUAGCGGAGAUGCUGACGCGCUGCGGCAUUGGCAAGCUCCUCCUCUUCGACUACGAUACGGUGGAGCUGGCGAACAUGAACCGUCUCUUCUACCGCCCCGAGCAGCAGGGGAUGACGAAGGUCGAGGCCGCCAAGGCGACCCUCGAGGGUAUCAACCCCGACACAGUCAUCGAGCCGCACGCCUACAACAUUACCUCGACAGAGCACUGGCAGCGCUUCUCGGAAGCGCUAACGAAAGGCGGCGUCAGCCCCAACUCACCGAUCGACCUCCUGCUGUGCUGCGUCGACAACUUCCAGGCACGCCUCACUGUGAACCUCGCGUGCCUGACGUACGAGGUGCCGUGGAUGGAGAGCGGCGUCGCCGAGAACGCCGUCAGCGGGCACAUUCAGCUGUUGCUUCCCGGUGUCACCCCCUGCUACGAGUGCUGUCCACCGCUCGUGGUCGCUACCGGCUUGCCAGAGGCGAAGCGGGAGGGCGUCUGCGCGGCCUCGCUGCCGACCACCAUGGGCAUCGUUGCUGGCUUCCUGGCGCAGAAUACGCUCAAGUACCUCCUCCAAUUCGGCGAGGUCUCCGAGUAUGUCGGCUACGACGCUAUGCGCGACCACUUCCCCCGUGUCGAGCUGAAGGCAAACCCGGAAUGCCGCAAUGCGCUGUGCGGGGAGCGGCAGGCCGCCUACGCGGCUAAGGUUCGGAAAAUGGGUGAGGCGGCGCACCCGCUCUAUCCCGCGCGCAAGGCACGGACAGAACGUGCGGAGAAGGAGCAGCGGGCGGCGCAGGCGCGGGCGAAGGCGUGCGCGGCCGAGUGGGGCAUCACGGUGGAGGCCGAAGGCAAGGACUCCCUCGCUGUCCACAGUGGGGUGGCGAACGUCGCCGCUGCGUUAGUGGGCAACAACGGGGAAGGCGAGAGCGGACUGGAGUACGCGUACGCCGGCACUGCAGCAGACAAGGCCGCAGUCGAGGAUGAGGACAAGUACGUCAAGACGACCGGUGCGUCUGUUGAGGAACUCAUGGCACGCAUGAAGGCCAUUCAAUAA